CACACUAGCCAAGCAAAACUGCAACUCACGAAAUUUUGCCACAGAAUUUAUUUGUUUAAUCGUUCUGCGUAAAGAGUAAAAACAACUCAAAUAAAAAAAAAAUGACCGUGACUGCGACACCUCUUCCCGACAAUUUGCGGGUGAAGGCCUUUUCCGACUACAGGAAGAAGCUGCUGGAGCACAAGGAAAUCGAGGGACGGUUGAAAGAAAAACGCGAGGAGAUCAAGGAACUGACUAAGCUGUACGACAAGUCCGAGAACGACUUGAAGGCGCUGCAAAGCGUGGGACAAAUCGUCGGAGAAGUUCUCAAACAACUCACUGAGGACAAGUUCAUUGUGAAGGCCACCAAUGGCCCCCGCUACGUGGUGGGAUGCCGCCGACAGCUGGACAAGGCAAAACUGAAGUCUGGUACACGUGUGGCCCUUGACAUGACCACGCUGACCAUUAUGCGGUACCUCCCUCGCGAAGUUGAUCCCUUGGUAUACAAUAUGUCGCACGAAGACCCUGGCGAUGUUACCUACUCCGCCAUUGGUGGUCUCACCGAGCAGAUUCGCGAGUUGCGCGAAGUCAUCGAGCUGCCGCUUUUGAAUCCCGAGCUAUUCCUGCGCGUCGGUAUCACACCACCCAAGGGUUGUCUUUUGUACGGCCCUCCCGGCACUGGAAAAACACUUCUAGCCCGUGCCGUUGCCUCACAGCUGGAUGCCAACUUCCUAAAGGUCGUGUCCUCGGCCAUUGUCGACAAAUACAUCGGCGAAAGUGCCCGCUUGAUUCGCGAGAUGUUCAACUACGCUCGUGACCACCAGCCCUGCAUCAUAUUCAUGGACGAAAUUGACGCUAUUGGCGGUCGUCGUUUCUCCGAGGGUACUUCUGCUGAUCGCGAGAUCCAGCGCACACUGAUGGAGCUCCUCAACCAGAUGGAUGGCUUUGAUUCACUUGGCCAGGUUAAGAUGAUCAUGGCCACGAAUCGUCCAGACACUCUGGAUCCUGCCCUGCUGCGUCCCGGCCGCUUGGACCGAAAAAUCGAGAUUCCCUUGCCCAAUGAGCAAGCCAGGCUGGAAAUCCUUAAAAUCCACGCUCUCAAGAUUGCCAAGCAUGGUGAAAUCGACUACGAAGCCAUUGUGAAGCUUUCUGACAACUUCAACGGCGCUGAUUUGCGAAACGUUUGCACUGAGGCUGGUCUCUUUGCUAUUCGCGCUGAGCGAGAGUACGUGAUCCAGGAGGACUUCAUGAAGGCUGUGCGCAAGGUGUCGGACAACAAGAAGCUGGAAAGCAAGCUGGACUACAAGCCCGUCUAAGAUCCCCCAUAGAAUUACCCAUCAAACAUUUACACACAUACACAGAUAUAUAUAUUAUGUCCACAGAACAGAGCGCUGUCAUACAUAGUCCGUUGCUUUUCCAUAUGCUAAUUAAAUGCUAUGUAAAGAUAGA